UAAAAAUAACAACCGGGGGUUGACUUUCCAAAUUUGCGCGCGCCUCGCCCGACCAAACUUAACUGAAUCCGACACACUCUCAGCAAAAUAUCUGUGAACUCAGGUUUCCAAUUUUUCCAACUUUCGUUUUUGAUGAUCUCCUUCUUCAAUUGAUAUUUUUUUUAAAAGAACUAUAAUUGUUGAAAAUGGCGCGCUUAUUCACUCUUCUCUUCCUUUUCUUUCCAGUUCUCAACCUUUCCUUCUGCAAAACUCUCAAACGCGAUGUUAAAGCACUGAACGAAAUAAAGGCGUCGUUAGGUUGGAGAGUGGUGUACGCUUGGGUCGGUGACGAUCCUUGCGGCGAUGGAAAUCUGCCGCCGUGGUCCGGUAUCACCUGCACCCUCAUGGGUGACUACAGAGUUGUCACCGAAUUAGAAGUUUAUGCAGUGUCAAUCGUGGGGCCGUUUCCCGUUCCGGUGACAAAUUUGUUCGAUCUUACAAGACUUGAUAUGCAUAAUAACAAGCUGACCGGACCCAUUCCGCCUCAAAUCGAGCGGCUUAAACGUCUUAAAAUACUUAAUUUGAGAUGGAAUAAGCUACAAGAUGUUCUUCCUUCUGAAAUUGGUGAACUUAAGAGUCUAACACAUCUGUAUCUGAGCUUCAAUAACUUUAAAGGGGAAAUCCCGAAGGAGCUAGCGAGUCUACCGGAGCUUCGUUACUUACAUCUGCAUCAAAACCGGUUUUCAGGCCGGAUUCCAGCAGAGUUAGGUACUUUGGAGAAACUUCAGCACUUGGAUGUUGGGAACAAUCAUUUGGUCGGUACUAUAAAACAGCUCAUAAGCAUGUAUGGUUGUUUCCCAUCGCUUCGAAACCUUUACCUAAAUAAUAACUACUUAACUGGAGGAUUUCCGGCAAAGAUAGCAGGCUUGACCAACUUGGAAAUCUUGUACCUAUCCUACAACAAACUUUCAGGAGUAAUACCACAUGAAAUCAUUCAUCUCCCCCGGUUGACAUCCUUGCAUUUAGAUCACAACCAAUUUGCAGGAAGAAUUCCUGAAGCACUCUAUAGACAUCCCUUCGUGAAGGAAAUGUACAUUGCAGGAAAUUCAUUCCAGAAAGGAGCAAAAUCCAUCGGUGUCCCUAAGAUCCUGGAACUUGCUGACUCAGAGUUCCUAGUUUAGAGUCAAAAUAGCUAUGUAGUAUUCUCUAUUGUUGAUAUCAAUUUUGGAAAUUUAGAUUAUAUUUGCCAAGACAGUGGUUCAUCUAGUUCUCUAGCAAUGGAAAAUAAACAGAUUUACAUUGAAUCAUUUAAAAAA